UUUAGAUAAUAUAAGGACCAGACUAAUAUUCUUUAGAGCCUCCUGAACACGUCCCUCAAAUUUUUUCACAUUCUGUUUAGAAAUGAGGAUGUAUUUUGAGAACUCGCGUCUAGGAAUUUUACUAGGGACUGUCGAUAAAGUUUUCGACGCUUCUGUUCGGCCUAAUUUUCGAUGAAACGUUGACUGUUUUACCAACGCGGAAUUCGAAGUUCAGCCUCGACCAGCCUCGACGCUCGCAUCAUCUUAAGAACUAUAUAUGUGUUAUUUUAUUUUAUUAUUGCAUUGUAAACAGAUUUUGAUGUAUUCAAAAGAUGACGGAAAUAAAUUGGAUUUCCAAACCUGUAAAUUAUAAAGCAAUAAGGUUUGCGUAUUUAGAAGAAACAACAGAUCAUCCAUUAAAACCUGCUACUGUUAUGUUAAUUGAUGGACGCAGUGGUAUCAAACGCAAUGCACUACGAAGCACAAGUACCAGCACUUCAACUGCUACACUAACUCCAACACAUACACCAAUCCCUGGAAACCCUUUAACAGAUCCGUUACUAAGCCAUUCUUCUUUCGAUGGAUCUGACCCCCUUUCGCAGUUUGCUAGAGAAGAAUUGGAUCCUUUAUCCAAAAUGGCUGCAGAUGAGUGGGAUUAUUCCUGCAAUGCCAUAGUUUGUGGAAAAAAGUCUAAAGAUACUGCAGAAGAAUUAGUAGAACCAUGGUCAGCAAGACGAGCUGCAAUAUUAAACAAAUACACAACUUCAGAAAAGUUGUCGAUUAUUACCAGUUUUUUGUCAGGUGGAGAGAAAGUUGUUGUAAAAGUUCAACCAACUGGUGGAGUAGUUGACAAAGUACGAACAAGACUGGAGCAGUUAGAUGAUUUCGAAGAAGGAUCUAUUAGACAAAUGUUAGAUCUCUCACAACAGCAGUACGCUGCAAGAAUUGAGCAAUUAAAUAAUGAACUUGUGCAGGCCUGGCAUUCAGAUCAAAGGGUUAAAGCACUUAAAAUAGCAAUUCAGUGUGCCAAAUUAUUAGUAGAUACAUCCGUUAUGGCUUUUUAUCCCAGCAAGUUUGUUCUUAUCACAGAUAUUUUAGAUAUUUUUGGAAAACUUGUUUAUGAGAGACUGAAAGUUAAAGCGGAAUAUUAUAAGCCAGGAAGUAAAGUACCAACUAGUUUACCUAAUAAUUUUACACCUGACAUGGUACCUGAAAAUGCGAAAGAAACUUGUAGAAACUGGUUUUAUAAAAUAGCAUCUAUAAGAGAACUAGUUCCACGUUUAUACGUAGAGAUGGCAAUAAUAAAAUCUUAUUGCUUUUUAACAACAAGUGAAUUUAAUACAGCCUUGUUACGAAUAACUGGAAUGAUAAGAGGAAUUGGAAAUCCUCUAAUAGGUGUAUACGCUAGAUGUUAUUUAUGCCGAGUGGGGCUAGCUUUGAACAAAACAUCUGAUUUUGAAUUUGUAAGAGAAAAUUUUUAUGAUUUUCUCAUUACUUAUCAACAAUUAUUUGGGCAAUUCGUGAAAAAUGAACUGGUUAAACAAAAUAUGACCUUACAUUCUUAUUUGAAUCUCUACUCGCCAGCUGUAGAUUGGAUUUUACAAGUUUUAGUUGCCACUACUGCUGAAAAUCGUUUAGAAGAUGUACUCGCUAGAUGUAAAAAACAAGCGAAUAGUUCGCUGUUACUGAAUAGCAUUUUAAUAGCAUUUAAGCCAUCGUAUAUUGCUGGAAGAGCGAUGGAUUUUGUAAAUUUGAUCAGCGAAAGUGAAGACGACGGUUUUCCGCAAUAUCUUUUAUACAGAAGUUUAGGUGAAAGUCUCAUACAAGAAUCCCCACCGAAAGAGGAUUGCCAGCAAAUUCUAAAUAUGAUAUGGAAAUACAUAAACGACCUAACAAAUCCUCAUAAAUUUAUGCAUUGUAUUGAAAUUUGGAUUCAGUUUACUUCCAUUCAUUUUUCAGUAAAUGAAUUAAAUGCGUUUUUUGGAAAAAUAAUUGAUCGCCUUAAUUCAAACAAAAGUUUUGAGAAUUACUAUUUACAGCUACAAAAUAUUGUAGAGAAAGUAGUAUCUCAUACUCAAGAUUUUGAAUCACUACUUGCUAUGGAUAAUUUCUUGCCUCUAAUAGAUUUGUUUCACAAGGAAAGUAUUAAAGUUGAAGUUUGUAAAACUGUGAUAGAAGGUUUAAGUGUUCAAACUGGUCCUAUUACUGAUCCUAUUAUUAUAAAUGCCCUUAUGUUUCUUGCUAGAAUAAUGCACGACUCUGUUAGUACUUUAACCGUUGAAGAUGAGAAACGACAAAUUGGUCAACUUAUAUGCAGUUUGGUACAACGUGUUGAUUAUGGUCGUGAUUUUGAGAAACAACUGAAUUUUUAUGCUGAAGCCAGAGCAGCUUUUCCCAAUCUUGAUACUGUUCAUAUACAACUUGUACAGUGUGUAAAUAGAUUAUCUGUUGAUACUCGAAAAAUUGUUCGUGGACAUCAUACGAGAAGAACGUCAGCAUUUGUACGUGCUUGUGCUGCAUUUUGUUUUAUUACAAUUCCAUCGUUAACUUUAGUUCAUACACGGCUUCAGUUGUAUCUCCUAUCUGGACAAGUUGCACUUCUAAAUCAGUGCUUAGGUCAAGCCGACGCGUGUUUCAAAGCUGCCUUAAGUUUAGUUCCGGAAAUGCCUAAAACAAUAGAUAUAGAUGGAAGGCAAAAAAGCUCACAACCAUAUCUACUUUCAUAUUUAUCAAAUUUUUUAUCAACAUUAUUGGUUGUACCAGAUAGUCCAGAACACGGAGUUCUAUAUUUAAUGAGAGGAUUACUUAAUGCAGUUCAACGUUGUUUUGAAGAAAAUACAUUGACAAAAACAUAUUUAUAUUUACGUGUACUUGAUUUGUUAUCGACGGUAACUCAAGAAAAUUAUCCAUAUCAUGUUGACAAGGUUGAUUCGAACGAUAAAUUGUAUGGGUCUGAUCAAAAAUUCAUAAGCGAAGUCAAUAAGAUGUGCUCUAAGAUUGUAGAAGAGGUUUUAUCGCAUUUAAAGUACCUUGGAUCUACUGAUCAAGUGGAAAAACAAGUAGCUCUUGCAAUUGAACUAUUUAAUUGUUUUGUCAUUAGAGCAGAUCUGCGUGAUCCAUUAUUAGCACAAAUGGCUGUAAAUUUGUGGAAUCUGUCUCAACGAUAUGGUUACGUUGACUCAAAAGUAAAGAUGAAGAUGAUAGCUUAUAUGGUGCAAAAGAGUCACGAUGUGGAGUAUGAACAUUUUGCAGAUAUUUUGAAAAAAAUGUUGAAAUAAUGAGGAUUUCAAUUCAUAAACGGGAAAUAUAAAAAGUGACAAAUGCAUUAAAUGUAUCUUUUUAAUUAUUCUUUUGGAA